CACCACUUCCACAAUCAACCAAAACCUCAACCCCCAAUAUUUGUAAAACCCCUUCAACAUGUCAACCCCACCAAUGUCGACCUUUCUUUUCAUCUUCUCCCUCUCCCUCCUUGUGCCACUACUCCUAGCUCAAGCUCCAUCACCAUCACAUGCCCCUCCUCCUCUUAAACAAUCACCAUCUCCAACACAUGUUCCACCUUCUCCUCCUCUUAAACAAUCAUCAUCUCCAACACAUGCUCCACCUCCUCCACCUCCUAAACAAUCACCAUCUCCAACACAUGCCCCUUCUCCUCCACCUCCUAAACACUCACCAUCUCCAACACAUGCUCCUCCUCCUCCUCUUAAACAAUCACCAUCUCCAACACAUGCCCCUUCUCCUACUUCAUCACCAUCAUCAACACAUGCCCCUCCUCCUCCACCUCUUAAAGCUCCUACUCCUCCUCCUCCACCUUCAUCACCCUCUUCAGCAUGCAAGUCCACACUAUAUCCAAAACUAUGCCGCUCCAUUCUCUCCUCCAUCCGUUCCUCCCCCUCAGACCCCUACAACAUGGGCAAAUUCUCCAUCAAACAAAGCCUCAAACAAGCCAAGAAACUGGCCAAAGUGUUCGAGGACUUCCUCAGAAAACACAAAUCCUCUUCCCUCAACAACGCGGCAAUCGCAGCCUUGGAGGACUGCAGCGAGCUCAACCAGCUGAACGUGAACUACCUGGACUCGGUUUCGCAAGAGCUAAAGUCCGCAAACUCCUCCAACGCAGAGUUUGUGGAGAAGAUCGAAACCUAUCUGAGUGCUGUGGCCACCAACCACUACACUUGCUAUGAUGGGUUGGUGCUGGUCAAGAGCGACAUUGCCAAUGCACUCGCGGUGCCUCUCAGCAAUGCCACCAAACUCUACAGUGUGUCGCUUGGCUUGGUCACGCAGGCUCUCAAGAAAAACCUCAAGAAGCAUAAGACACGCAAACAUGGCCUGCCCACACAGGAUUACAGGGUCAGGCAGCCACUUAAGAACCUCAUUAAGCUUCUUCGCACAAAGUACAGUUGCACAUCAUCCAAUUGCACUAGAAGUGAAAGGAUUCUUAAAGAAAGUGAGAACAAAGGGAUUCUACUAAAAGAGUUUGCGAUUGUGAGCCUUGAUGGCAGAGCCAAUUUCACUUCCAUUGGAGAGGCUAUUGCCUCUGCACCCGAUUUUUUAAGGCCAGAAGAUGGCUAUUUUCUCAUCUAUGUUAGAGAAGGAAACUAUGAGGAAUAUGUUGUUGUUCCCAUUCAAAAGAAGAAUAUCUUGCUUAUUGGUGAUGGUAUCAACAAGACUUGCAUCACUGGAAACCACAGUGUGGCAGAUGGUUGGACCACUUACAAUUCUUCAACCUUUGCUGUUUCCGGAGAAAGAUUCGUUGCAGUGGAUGUUACAUUCAGAAACACAGCAGGCCCUCAGAAGCACCAAGCAGUAGCUGUGAGGAACAAUGCAGACCUCUCCACAUUCUACCGUUGCAGCUUUGAAGGAUACCAAGACACUCUCUAUGUUCACUCCCUCAGGCAAUUCUACAGGGAAUGUGACAUUUAUGGCACUGUGGAUUUCAUUUUUGGCAAUGCUGCUGUGGUGUUCCAGAGCUGCAACAUCUAUGCCAGAAAGCCACUUCCAAAGCAGAAUAAUGCUAUCACAGCACAAGGGAGAACUGACCCCAAUCAGAACACUGGAAUUUCAAUACAGAAUUGCAGGAUUGAUGCUGCUCCUGACUUGGCUGCAGACUUGGAUUCAACAAAGAAUUACUUGGGCAGGCCAUGGAAAGUGUAUUCAAGGACUGUGUUCAUGCAAUCAUAUAUUGGAGAACUGAUUCAGUCUGCUGGAUGGUUAGAGUGGAAUGGCACAGAUGGAUUAGACACCCUCUUUUAUGGUGAGUUUGAUAACCAUGGACCUGGGGCUGAUACCAGCAAGAGGGUACAAUGGAGUGGUUACAAUCUGUUGACUGCUACUCAAGCUUGGAACUUCACGGUGCUUAAUUUUACUUUGGGGAAUACAUGGCUUCCGGAUACAGAUAUACCCUAUGUUGAAGGACUUUAGAUUAGAUAAAGGAAUUUAAUUUUACAAUGGAGAAAAAAUAAAUUUGAUUCACUAUUUGUUAAUUAGAUGUGAUGUAACUAUAUCAUUUUUCUGUUUGAAAAUCUUUCAAAAAGGAGAGGAUGCAAUUCAAAAGGGUCAUGUGAUGAAUGUUUGGAUGCAAUUCAAAAUUUUAUAUCUUGAGAUAAAGUUAUCAUUAUUGAUUAUUUA